UACAUCACCAAAUACAAUAGAUGCAAAAUGGUUUACGAUUUUACGACUUUUCUUUUCGCGUAAUCACAAUCUUAUAUAAACAACCACCGACGAUAAUAUUUCUGAGAUAUUGAGAACCUCUUCGACAACGUACGAUCGGAGUCCAAAAGCCGAUCUACCGCCAAGACCAUUUCUUUUGCUCUCGAGCAACUUCGCGACGAUGCUCGAAGAUAUCUACGACGAGAACGCUGAAAGAUUCGGUACCGUAACAGUCGGACCGGGCGCAUAAAUCAGCUGCACAGGCUCGCGUGAGGGAGGUGACGACGCCGGCAGGCCACCCCGUCAAUAAAAUGCAAAGACGAAGAAAUAAAGUUAAAGAUAAGCCGCCCCCGGACCCACGCCGAGAGUACUUGGACGCCGAGUCCAGCGAUGAAGCGGAAAGGCGCAAAUCCGCACUCUACGGCGGAGAUUGUCAAACGAAUAUUGUUGCAGGUGAAGAAGAGGAGGAUAUGGAAGAUGAGCUGCGUCCGAUGUACGGGGCGGACGAAUUAAACGAAUUGAAAAACAUUUAUUCGCGCAUUUGUGUCGAAAGCAGAGACUCGGAAAAAUUCGGUACCUUUUUUCAGAUUCAGUGUGUUAAGGAUAUGACAACGCUGAGCGGUCUGAAGGACAGCGAUUGGACGUGGAAAUGCGAUAUGGACAUCCGCGAGUUCUUCCACGACCCGAGCAUUCCGGUCCUCUGCGUCUAUCACGUGGAGGGUGACCUGACCACAGAAUUUUCAUUUCCUACGGUACCCGUGCACGAGCUAACCUACUUCGUGAGAGAGCCCAACGAGAUUCUCUAUCCGGAGAACUUUCGCGAGCGCAUUCUCUUCGGGUCGUUGAACGACAAGGUGGAGAGCCAUAUACUGGGCGUCAUCCAGAACGUGCUCGCGCCGAUCUUCUUCACAAUCGAAACUUGGCCGGACAGUAUCCUUUCGCUCCUCCUCUGUGCUAUCUCUCCGUAUCUAUUAUUACAUUUCCGUCAAACUAUCCAAUUAAUUCGUGCAACUAAUGCGGAAAGUUUCGCAUGGCAGUAGCA